AAAUGCCACCAAGGCCUGGCCCCAGGGCCUCAGGCAGAAAGUUGCGACGUUCUCUGCGGAGCGGACGCCUUUGGGCUCUACUCCAGACCGUCGGUGGCGCUGCCUGUUUUCUGCACUCUCCCUCUAGUUGAAACCUAGCUUUCAUGUCGCCGGAAGAGGCGGGGUGGGAGCCGCCGCGAGCGGAAGCAGCGCCAUUUUUCCUCGGAACGCAGCGAGAGCGAUGCCGGGAACCUGUCCGCGCGCGGUCCCCGCGGUCCGGCAUCCGCGUGGGUCUCCGGAGGGCGGGGACGUGGAGCUAGGAGCCGUGGCCCGUGACCUGUCGAGCGGUAUAGCUGACAUGUCAUUUGAGGAACUGUUGAAAUUGCAGAGCCAAGUGGGAACCAAAACAUACAAACAAUUGGUAGCUGGAAACGGCACUAAGAAGCAAUGUUCUAGACCACCUGUCCGAAAUGCAUGUGUUGCAGAUAAGCACAGGCCUCUGGAGAUGUCAGCCAAGGUGGCCCGGGACCCCCGCUUUGAUGAUCUAUCAGGAGAAUAUAAUCCUGAGGUGUUUGACAAAACAUAUCAAUUCUUAAAUGACAUCCGAGCCAAAGAGAAAGAGCUUGUGAAAAAACAGUUGAAGAAGCACCUUUCAGGGGAGGAACAUGAGAAACUUCAGCAGCUACUUCAGCGAAUGGAACAGCAAGAAAUGGCACAGCAGGAAAGAAAGCGGCAGCAGGAGCUUCGCCUGGCCCUGAAGCAGGAGCGGCGGACUCAAGCCCAGCAGGGUCAUCGACCAUACUUCCUGAAGAAAUCUGAACAGCGUCAGUUGGUCCUAGCUGAGAAGUUCAAGGAGCUGAAGCGCAGCAAGAAGCUGGAGAGUUUCUUGAGUCGAAAGAGGCACCGAAAUGCAGGCAAGGACAAGAGACAUCUCCCUUUGAGCAGAGAGUAUUGAAGAACUGUCAUCUGUCUGCACUGCCUAGGGAGACAAGGGUCUGUGGAGACAUGGAUCUCUGGGCUCAUUCUCCUGGUUCUUUGCUGUUCAAGGGCAAGGAAAGAUCACAUCCAAUCUUGAACUCAGAAGAUUAGGGCUCUUGGACUCCCCCUAGAGCCGGACAAGAAGAAUAGCUCAGCCUUCUGCUACGUCACACUGCCUGUAUUUGAAUUUGGUUCAUUAUGUCCUUCUGCCUUUCUUUCAUCCUAGUCUUAAACCAGUGAUUCUGGUACUGAAGAAAUGGGACCAUGAAGUCUGUGGCAAUAGGGCUGGGACUUUAUAUAGGAAUCAUUUCAUAAACAUCUGUUAUUUUUCAUUA